AUGAAGAGAGAUAACAAGAGUUCUGUGGUAGGUUUUACCCUCCUUGGACUUUUCCCAGGAACAAGGCACGUUGGCUUCCUCAUCUGCACCAUUCUCCUCGUCUACAUUGUUGCCAUCACAGGAAACACCACCUUGGUCCUCCUCAUCUCUCUGGAUCCCUGGCUCCACAGCCCCAUGUACUUUCUGCUCAGCCAGCUCUCCCUCAUGGACAUCUCCCUCAUCUCCACAACUGUCCCCAAGAUGCUAACCAACUUUUUCUUAGGGAUAUCAGAUAUUUCAUACAUUGCCUGUGGGACACAGAUCUACUUCUAUUCUGCCCUUGGAGUAAGUGAAUGUAUUUUGCUCACUCUGAUGGCCUAUGACUGGUAUGUGGCUAUUUGUAACCCCUUGAGAUAUGUGGUCAUUAUGAAUUCUGAGGUUUGUCUGCAGGUGACCAUGGUGUCCUGGGUAGGAGGGGCAUUUAAUUCCCUAGUCCAAACCACAUAUACCAUGCAUUUUCCCAGAUGUGGCUCAAGAGAAGUUCACCAUUUCUUCUGUGAGCUACAGGCAGUACUCAAGCUGUCAUGUGAGGACACUUCAACUUAUGAGAAAGUAGUGUUUGUGAUUGGAAUUGUGUUCCUUCUCACACCCUUUUACCUCAUUCUAGCCUCCUAUGUUUUUAUCUUCCUCAGUGUUCUCCGCUUAAAUUCUAUCAAGGCAAGGAAUAAAGCUCUUGCCACAUGCUCUUCCCAUCUGAUGGUGGUGUUUCUCUACUUUGGUCCAACCAUGUUUAUCUACAUGAUUCCCAGUGCCUUGCAUACCUCAGAGCAAGAUGAAGGUCUCUCUGUAUUCUAUACCAUGCUCACCCCCAUGUUGAAUCCCCUCAUAUACAGCCUAAGGAACAAGGAGGUUGGAGAAGCUCUGAGGAAAGUUCUGGGCAAAUCCUAA